AUGACCACAGCGAUGCAACAACCACGUGAGCCUUUUGACAUCCACGAGGAUGCUGGCACUGAGGAGACCGAAAUGAUGCUCGACGAUGAUCCCGUACACGAUCUAGACCCGGCGACACUCGACCCAGCGGAACCUAUGGAAGGGGAGGAAGAGGAAGGAGAAUAUGAGGCGAGUUCAGCAGAGGAAAAUAUCGAGGACAGUGUCCAGGCCGACAUGGACAGGUUGCGAGAAGACUUUCCCGUAAUUCAUGAUAAAUACAGACUGAUCAAGCGCAUUGGAGAGGGCACAUUUUCUACUGUCUUCAAGGCGGAGGACAUUUGUUACGACCACUACAACAACGAUUGGGAUUUUGAAGACGAGAGCGCAAAGUGGACGCCGCCGCCUUUAAAACGUGAUUCAAGCCAAACCUCUCAACGUACCAAGAAGAAGUCGAGAUAUGUCGCCAUCAAAAAGAUUUAUGUCACAUCAAGCCCAGCCCGCAUCUUGAACGAACUCGAGCUCCUGCACGACCUGCGACAGUGUCCGUCCGUCUGUCCUCUCAUCACAGCCUUCCGCCAAACCGACCAGGUAGUAGCGAUUCUGCCCUACUUUCGCCAUGGCGACUUUCGCGCCUAUUUUCGGGACAUGACUACUACGGACAUCGCCAUCUAUCUGCGCUCCCUCUUCACCGCUCUGAAGAGUGUCCACGAACACAAGAUUCUGCACCGAGAUAUCAAGCCCACAAAUUUCCUCUAUGAUCCGGUAACACAACACGGCGUAUUGGUCGAUUUCGGAUUGGCAGAGCGAGAGGGAUCGGACAGCAAGCCCUGCCUCUGCCACGAAACACGCGAAGCGCGCAAGCACCGCCAAGCCAACUCGGUGUGGGCGCAGACUGCGACGACGGCACAACCUGGGUACCCCAAAUCAGAUACGCGCCCGUCACGGCGAGCCAACCGUGCAGGCACUAGAGGCUUCCGCGCUCCCGAGGUGCUAUUUAAGUGCAGUGAACAAACCACGUCGAUUGAUAUCUGGUCAGCGGGCGUGAUCCUGCUUACCAUCUUGUCAAAGCGAUUCCCCUUUUUCAACUCUGCUGAUGAUGUCGAGGCCAUGAUUGAAAUCGCCACCAUCUUCGGGUACAAGCGGAUGAAGGCCGCCGGCCUUCUGCAUGGCUGUGUCUUUGAGACCACCAUUCCAACCGUGGGACAACAGGGCUUCACAAUGGAAAAGAUUAUCCUGUGGAGUACUUGUCGAACAGACGGUAAGCCUCUAACUGAUGAAGAAAGGCUGGCUGUGCGCUUCCUGGAGAGGUGUAUGGAGCUUGAUCCGAAUCGCCGCAUGACGGCUGAAGAAGCUUUGGACCAUGAACUUUUACGAAUUGACCAGCCGCCAGAGGAUGACUUGGUCGGCGAUGACGAAAUGGACAUGCUAGAGGCAUAA